CAACUUCUCCACCGGGUCGUCUAAGAGCAAGACUUCUUCGGUAGAAGACAGCAUCAACACCACCGCCACCAGCAUCACCACCACUACUAGCGCUGCUGCUGCUCCUACGCAGACCCGCAAGCCGGCCCCCCCCGCCACCUCUGGCGAUGCGUCCAUCGUGUCGGACCUUGGCGACGUCAACGUCCAGUUCCCGGAUAGUCUCCUGUGGAAGCGACGAAACCUGUGCCUCGACUCCCAGGGGUUCAUCAUCCUGGCCGCGGGAACGCAGAGCGGCCGCGCCGUCGUCGGGCCUAAGCGGUACUUCUUGGGCGAGUUUCGACAGCCAUACACGCCGGACGUGGAGGUGCAGGAGCUGCCUAACAGUGUGGUGUUGGAUUUUGUUGAGGGCACGGCGAUCCAGUUGGCGUGUGAGGAUAGGACGGGACAGCUCAAUGUGCUGCAUGUUUUGCAAGCUGCUCAUGCUAACUAUAGCCGAUAAGCAGCGAACUUUAGUCACCCUAUUGAAACAAGACCGUUGGAAAGGCGAAAUCCUCUGCUUUGAGAGGACUUAUCAUGCCCCCUCAUGCCUGCACGAUGUCGGAAUAUCUUCUUACGGCACCUUUGAACUCAACUCUAUUUCCCUCUUCUUUCCAUAUCCUAAUCCUUUUCUCUCCCCUCCCUUUCUUUUUACCUAAAAUUUACGCUUAACAUACCUACUAGACAUAGAAGGUUGGGACAGGAAAAGGGGGUUUUAGAGCGGGAACGGGUGGUGAUUUGAACUUUGAGCAACAAACUAUUCGUUAGAGGAUGGAUUUUUACACCCACAAGCGAAAGAUGCACUCUCUAAAAAAGGGGGUGUGUGGUUUCUAAGGGUGUAUAUUAUACUUGUACAUCCUUAUUUCUUUUUUCCCCUUCCGUUUCUACCUCUUCUCUACACUACCUAUAG